AUGGAUCCCAAUGAAAUGCCUGCUGUGCCCUGCUGCCCCUCCGACCCCCCUAUUGGGCUUGAGACUGGAGCCCCAUGGGGGAUUGAACUUGGCCCCAAAAGAGCUGUAAGUCACUGUGCCCGCUGCUACAACCACGGCUUCACUGACCAAGUCAAGGACCAGGAUCACUUCUGCCUCUUCAAGGCCUGCGAGUGUCACAAGUGUAUCUUCUUCUCGGAACACCACAGUGUCUUGCCUGCUGAGAGUGCCUUGAAGAGGGAGCAGGGGGCAAACCUAAAGAGGCACCUGGCUCAAGGACAGACAAGGAGUGAGGCCUCCCCUCCCAAAGCUCACAGCCAUGUCAAGAAGUUGACCAUUCAAGCCGGAGCCCUCAUACAUACCCAUACACAUCUCCUCUCCAUGGCCGGCAUGGUGCCUGACUCCACCCUGUGCUCUCUGCCUCUGCAGGCAAGCGCCCAAGGAGCUCUGCUGACUGGUCCUACCCCAAAAUCUUUGUCUCUGUCCUGGACUCCAGCAGCCUUGAAGACGCGACUAACAAUUUCUCUUUCCAGGAAGACCCACAGGGCUCCUGCCCUGCCCAGGAUAGACUCAGCUCUGGUCCUCCAGCCCUGUGCCGCCCUUGGCCCUGUCCUACUGCAACCGCAGAUUCCUGAAUCUUCUGACCAGGACUCGGAUUCUGCCUCAGAGUGGCAGCGGAAACUGGAAGCGGCCGAGGCUCUGCUGAUUCUGAGAGACUCUCCCCAGGCAUCUUCUGGCUCCAGCUCCGUGCUCCAUCCCUGCGUGGCAACAAAUCCUGCUGAAGAUAGAGGACCCCAGCCUCCUAACCCUUCUCUGCGACCCAGAGCCAGCUCCAUUUCUCUGCCUACUGGGCAUCUGGGGUGCAUCUCCCUCUUGACCUAG